AAAGUUUUUCGGCACGUCUGUUACGUCUCCUUGGAUUCCAUCACACCAGCAACUCUCUCACACGCUAUUCUUCUCGCCAAUUGUACUAUAGCCAUCUGUUUCCAUAUACUGCAUUGCACAGCUGCCUGGUCCCGCCCUCCUGCUUCCUCCUUCGCAGCACAGCAUCUCCCCGAGUGCAGUACCCCGAUUGUACAUUAGCUAUUCUUUUUUGGAGUAUCGCAACAGCUUCACAGCUCCGCUCGCAGCACCCCGCGCCCCGCCAUGGCCCACCUAAAGUCUUCUGCUGCCACUCUCUCGGCCUUCCGCUCUGCUACUUCGAUUCGCGCCCCUCUCAACAAGCGCUUUUUCACCCCUUCGGCGUUCAACAUGGUCAAGAAAGCCUACUUUGAUUGCACCUGGACUGGCCCAGACGUCCAAGUCGACGACCAGGGCAAUGUCACCAAAACGGGCGACGUCAAGGAGCAAUCCGGCCGCAUCAACUUCGAGCUCUUCGACGACGUGGUCCCCAAGACGGCCGAAAACUUCCGCGCUCUCUGCACCGGCGAGAAGGGCUUUGGCUACCAAGGCUCAAAGUUCCACCGCGUCAUCCCCCAGUUCAUGCUCCAGGGCGGCGACUUCACCCGUGGCAACGGCACUGGUGGCAAGUCCAUCUAUGGCGAGAAGUUUGCCGACGAGAACUUCAAGUUGAAGCACGACCGCCCCUUCCUCCUCUCCAUGGCCAACGCGGGCCCCAACACCAACGGCUCCCAAUUCUUCGUCACCACCGUCAUCACCUCAUGGCUCAACGGCAAGCACGUCGUCUUCGGCGGCGUUCCUGAUGGCGAUGUCGACUCAUACAGGGUGGUCCGCGCCAUUGAGGCCUGUGGCAGCGGCAGCGGAAGCAUCAAGUACAAGGACGGUCCGCCUACCAUCACUGCUGCCGGUGCCGAACUUCAGCCACCGCUAGUUCGCACCAUGUCGGCGCCUUUUCACCCUGCAACCUACGGUAUCCAUGCUGAUGACCGCAUCAACAUCUUGACGGACGUAGCCCCUCCAAUACACACAUCAACCACGUUCCGAUACCCGCACAAUUCAGACGACCUUAACCCCAUUCCAAAAGACCUCGAAAACGCAUAUGUCGGCGUCCAAACCCCAUUAGUCUACUCCCGCUUAGCAUCCGCCAACAUCAACCGCCUAGAAACCAUUCUAUCACCGCUAAUCUACCCUGGUUCCAAGGCAGAAGAACUAGAACAGCUAGCAGACCAUGUCGUCAGCUACAGCAGCGGCUUGAGCGCCUUCCACGCCUUGCUCGUCAACAUAGUGCCGAAAGUCAUCGCUAUCUCUGGCGGUUACCAUGGGUGCCACGGCGUAAUCGACCUCCACAAGAAGAUGCACGGCGUCAAAACCGUAGAUCUACACGCCGACGAUGCCGCCUGGGAUCAAGCAGGUCUAGGAAAGGGUGACUUGGUGCACCUUGAAACACCCUUGAACCCAACGGGGGAAGCCUACGAGAUCAAAAAGUACGCCAACAGAGCGCAUGCGCGUGGUGCGUUUCUCAGUGUAGAUGCUACCUUUGGGCCGCCUGGGCUGCAGGAUCCGUUUGCGUGGGGCGCGGAUGUGGUUUUGCAUUCUGGCACAAAGUAUAUAGGGGGCCAUAGCGAUAUGUUGUGCGGUAUCCUUGCUACGGCCAAAGGAGCAGACGGGCUGAAGCGAGCCAGGACGCUGAGGGUAGAGAGGAUCUUUCUCGGCGCCGUGCUGGGCAGUUUGGAGGGCUGGUUGGGUGUGCGGAGUAUGCGGACGAUGGAGUUGCGGGUGCAGAGGCAAUCGAGCAAUGCGGAGAAGCUAGUACGAUGGCUUGACGACGCACUGCAUGGGAAAGGCACGGAGGCUGACGACGACGUGGUGAAGAAGGUGGUUAGCAAGGUUGUGCAUGCAAGCUUGCAAGAACAAGACAUGGGCUGGUUGAAGAAGCAGAUGCCCAAUGGCUUCGGCCCCGUGUUCAGCAUCUACACGCACACGUCCUCCCAAGCCCGCCAACUCCCUUCAAAACUCCGCCUCUUCCACCAUGCUACUUCGCUCGGUGGCGUCGAGUCGCUGAUUGAGUGGCGCCGCAUGUCAGACUCUGAUGUAGACGAGACUUUGCUCAGGGUCAGUGUUGGCGUGGAGAACUGGGAGGACUUGAAGAGUGAUCUUUUGGCUGCUUUCAAGGCGUUGGCGGAGACAGGCGUGAGCGCGGAGAAGAAUGAAAGGGGAACCAAGGUAGGGCAUGUGCAGCUUGGGCAGGAGGGGGCGGAAGUGCCCGAGGCUGGCGCGGGUGCUGUUUGA